AUGAAUGUCAAAAUAUUAGUCUCUUUUACAUCAUUUUUGUGUUUAAUUGCAAUACUUGCUGAAAUUGUUCUAAUUCCAUAUUUGUAUUUUACUAUUAAUGAUAUUCAACGUGAAGUUGAUGAAAAUGUAAAUAUUUUUCGCCUUAAAACUGAUGCUGCUUGGGAAGAAUUAAUGAAUGUACAAAUUAUUAUUACUCCACCAUCGAAACCAAAAGAAAAUCCAUUUAAUAGUAUAUUUCGUCAAAAACGUCAACCAAAUAAAGGUCUUCCGGAAUGGUGUAUAUGUGAACCAGUUAAGCCUUCAUGUCCACCAGGACCACCUGGACCACCAGGGCCACCGGGUGAAAAAGGUAAAGACGGUGCACCAGGAAAAAACGGAAAUCAUGGAGAACAUGCAUUUUCUAUUUGUAACCCACCUUCAGAAUGUAUCAAAUGUCCAAGUGGUCCACCAGGACCACAAGGGCCUGAUGGAGAACAAGGACCUAUAGGAGAAGAUGGAAAACAAGGUGAUCCAGGAUUACCAGGAAAAAAUGGAACACAAGGAGAACCUGGACCACAAGGAGAUGUUGGUGCUCCGGGACUUCCUGGAAAAGAUGGAAAACCCGGUAUUCCAGGAUUAAAAGGUACCAGAAUAAAAGGAAAACCAGGAAAACAAGGAUCUAUUGGUCCAAUAGGAAUGCCUGGAAAAGAUGGAGCUGUAGGUGAACCAGGUGCUCCAGGUAAAGACGGUCCAGAAGGAAUACGUGGUGAACCUGGAAAACAAGGAAUUCCAGGAGCUGAUGGAAAGCCUGGAAAUCCAGGAACAUCCGGAAUACCUGGAUCCGAUGCUGCAUAUUGUCCAUGCCCACCACGAAGCAUAAUGUUAUUAUAA